AGAGUGUGAGAUAUCUUCACAAUCAGUAAUUGAAUGAUCUUUAUAAUAUUACAUCAGCCUGUAAGUGCUUAAUCUCUGAAGGAAAUAAUAUCGUAUCAAGUAAACUGCAAGCACUUAGUGCUGUUUUACUAUUUAAGUGGCGCGUGCUUGAACACCUCGCAUCAUCAUUUCAGCCUUGCAUUUGAUUCGCGCACUUAAUCAGGCACCAGUCUCUUCUCCUCACAGCCCUCUGCUAUUUCAUGAACCGAGGUGCUACUCAUGGCUGACAGGAAAGUGAUCAAAUACGUUUGUAAGGCUCUACUAUUUCUAUGUUGUUUGCAAUGUGCGCUUUGUGCGAAAAUCCUGUUCCUGUUCCCGCAUCAGCUGCCCAGUCACUACAGAGCUUUCAGUCCAAUAAUCGACAAAUUAGCGAGCAAUGGCCAUCAAAUCACUGCAUACGUCGCACCAAAGUUCGUCAAGCAGAAACCAAUCCCUAAUCUCAAGGAAAUAGCAGUUCCUCCUAAGGGUCUUCAGAUAACACAAUUCGACUUUCUCUCAUGGAGGAACAGCAGUGCGCUCAAAUACGUCCACGUCCUGUGGACCCUGAUCCCGACCCUAACGGACGGCGUCCUUCAAAGCCGCGAGCUGCAAGACCUCAUGCAGUCCUCGGAAAAGUUCGAUCUCGUCAUCGUGGAAUCCACCUUCGGACAGGAGUGCCUCCUCGCUUUCGGCCACAAGUUCAAAGCUCCCGUCGUCAACCUCCACCCCAUCCUGGUCGGUCCUCAAAUGGCCUUGCUGACAGGACUCCCGCACCCCUUCUCCUACGUCCCUGACUUCCGCCUGCCGUUGACGGACCAAAUGUCCAUAUGGGGAAGAACUACGAACACCCUCAUCGGGCUCUACGAGUUGAUUGGUGCGAAUUUCUGGUACCUUCCGUUCGUCCAGGAACCGAUGUUGAGGAAAUAUUUCAAGUAUCCAGGCUCGGAGACCAUACCGUCCAUUAAAGAAAUGUUCUCGGAUGUCUCAUUGCAUCUGAUCGAUGCGCAUUCGAUGAUCGGAUAUAUUCGGCCGUACAGCUCGAAUGUUAUAAAUGUGGCCGGCGCGCAUAUCAAACCGGCCGGCAAGUUGCCUCAGGACCUGCAAAAGUUCAUGGAUGAAGCUACGGAAGGUGUAAUUUAUUUCAGUUUUGGAUCGUUCAUUGACGUUAAAACAUUUCCCGAUUACUACAGGAAUAUUUUCGUGGAGACACUGAAGAGCCUGAAACAACGGGUCAUCUGGAAGUGGCAUGAAGAAAUACCUGACGCCCCAAAUGUUUUAACCAGCACCUGGUUACCUCAAGUAGAGAUUUUGACUCACCCGAAUUGCAAGUUGUUCAUCACUCACGGAGGUUUCAAUAGUUUAGUCGAGGCGAUGAGCAUUGGGAAACCGGUCCUUGGGAUUCCGUUUUUCGGUGAUCAGUUCUACAACGUUGCCUUUUACGAACAUAGAGGAGUUGGUCUCGAGGCGGAUUUGAACUCACUUAGCGCCCCGUACCUCAAAGAGAAGAUCGAGCGGAUAAUCUACACACCCUCAUUUGCCGAAAACGCCAAGCUGCAGGCGAAGAUAUUCAAAGAUGAACCACAAACUAGUCUGGAAAGGGCAGUUUUCUGGAUUGAGUACGUCAUCCGACACAAAGGAGCCCACCAUCUAAAGCCAGCCUCAGCCAAGUUACCGCUCUACAAAUAUCUACUUCUCGAUGUGAUCGCGUUUUGGUCCAUCUUGUUUUAUUUAGUUGUGCGUGUUAUUCGUCAAUUAACUCAAACAAUUGUAGGCUCCUUCGGUGGCGGAAAAAAUCAACCGACCACGGCGGCAAGCAAAGUACCGCAAAAAAAAUACCAGUGAUAUUGCUCGUUUUGUUACCUAUUAGCUGACUAUUUUCGGACUGCGUCCUGUUAAAAGAAAUUGGACACAGCGAUGCGUUUAUUUGAACCUUGCGUUUUACGAUACAAAAUGAUGUGUCACUGGCAACACAUCGUUGUGUUCCGGCCCCAUACUUAAAAGGAUAAAUAAGACAACAGCGUGUUAACUAAACACACAUGUGUGUUUUUGGAAACACAGCACACAUUAGAAAACAAACGUGCCAAAUAAAUGCAAAGCUGCGUUAUUUUUGACAGUGCACAGGCAUUUUUAGCCGACGUCAAUCAAUCAAAAUAGAUGAAGGGUGCAUAGUUUGCCUUCAAAGAAUGGGUGAUGCAAUCCGGCGACGGCCGUGUUCGAAUAGUUGCUGCUCAAAAUCAACAGGGUGCUGAAUGAGCGACACCCAUGUAUUCCAUCAUGAUAGUGUUGCAUUUUGAUUAAAAGACUCAACCAUGAUGGCUAAGCAUUUCAUAGACAUCUGGAGGGUCUGAUUUUGAUUGUUCGGCGCCCCAAGGAAAUUAUUUUCUCGUCCUCUCCUCCCUCGUCAACUGGGUUCUAUCCACGGAUAAACAGCGGAUAACCAUGCUAGCCGUUCUCUACGCACUUCUGAAAAGUGUCAUAACUGCAGCUAUGUAGGAGUUUUGCCUUCAAAGCCAUUCCCCUCCCCCGCCCAUCGCUGAAUGGUUUGGAGGCCCUAUUAUAGCUCUCUUCCUGAAACCUGUAAAAAUUGCAUGUGUCUCAGAUUUGUUUUAAUGUGAUCCCAAAGCUAUUUUAUCCAUAGCUAUUUUAGCCUGAUUAUCCAUAAAAAUGUCUCAAUUUUACUGCCCUUUACUUUCAGGAUUCACCUUAUAUCCUCAUCCUCAGGUUGCUUGACCUCUGGGCCACAGGCUACGCUGGCACAAAGGUUAGCACUAUCCGUUGCCUGGUGAACGAGCACUGAAAACAGAUAACAAUUGAGUUCUUGGAAAAUAAAAUUUUCGCAUAC